AUCCUCAGUAAUUAGUACUUCUCCAUAAUCCAUGGCCUCAAAAGGUGAAGAAAAGCCAGAAUUAGUUGGAAGCAAACAAGGGAUCGUCAGUGUAACAAAGGCAAAGCAUGAUCAGAUAGUGUUGGUGUUGAGGGUGGUUGCAUUCUUGGCAACAGCAUCAGCCACGAUUGUGAUGGGUCUUAACCAAGAAACCAAAACCCUGCUGGUUGGCACCAUUGGGACUACCCCUAUCAGAGCCACCCUCAAGGCCAAGUUUCAGCAUACCCCAGCAUUUGUGUUCUUUGUAGUAGCGAAUGGUUUGGCGAGUGUUUAUAACUUGGUGAUGUUAGGAGUGGAUGUCUUUGGAAGAAAGCUUGAUUGCAAGGGACUUCGCCUUGUCAUAAUCUCCAUUUUGGACAUGGUGAUAGUGGCAGUGGUGGCAGCAGGGGCAAGUUCAGCAGCUUUCAUGGCAGAGCUCGGGAAGAAUGGGAAUUCACAUGCAAAGUGGAACAAGAUUUGUGACAAAUUUGAAAGCUUCUGCCACCAGGGGGGUGGGGCUCUCAUUCCCUCUUUCAUUGCUCUCCUUCUCUUGCUUCUCAUCUCUGCCAUCUCCAUUAUCACACUUCAUAACCAAAAACUUACCAGUCCUCAUGCCACCACCCCUUGAUCCAUUCAUUGCUUCUAUUAUGAUUUAUAUGUUUGCUGCUCUCAACUUUAAUACUAUUAUGUCAUAUGUAUGGAAUGAUAAAUUUCUUGUGAAUUUACUUUGUAUUUCUGUAAAAUUUGUUCCAACAUAAAAAAAAAAAUCUCGAUAAAUC